GACGGAGAGGUUAUUCGAUGAUGGACGUAAAUGAAUUUGAUAGCAAGUAUCGAAGGGACACUAUAUACUUAGAGCGUUUGGAUGGACGCCAGAAACAAAAUGAAUCAGGGUGACAUUUCAUAACCAUAGGCCUAAUAACAAAUCGAAUGUUAUUGUAACAGUUUUAAUUUAAAAAUAGCAGGUUUCUUUCCAUAAAAGCAAUUUUGAACAAUUGUAAAGGAAUGGCACUAAAUUCGUUAUUACAUACCAUACAUCAUUGUUCACUACUCCAGCACCACGUAAGCCUGUGUUGCAAGAUGCUCCGCCCUGCUGUUAUUUUUCCAAUUACGUUAAUGACGAAACCUGUAGCGCCCCAUUCGAAGUUCAGCAUUACACAAUCGGAUUACCGUUAUGUUGGCAGAUUAGAUCGAUGCUAGGUGCCUGUCUAUUUUAUUUUGAACUCACUAUCCGAAGAUAUAGACUAAAACGUAAUAAGCAUGGGUACUUUUCUUGGACAUAUAUCUUCAGGGAGCAUGUUCAUUGCUUUGAGUAUUUUUUGGAUUAUGAAGCAAUCGUACCACCUAGUAGCAACGAGAAAUCUAACUCGUCAGAACAGCUGGCUAAAUAUACCCUUCUUCAGACUGAUAUUGAAUUUCCCAUUAGAAGGCGCAGCGAUCAUGAUCUUCACUACUGGAGGUUUCAUUGGCGAAAACGUACACCCACAUUGGAAAUGGAAGAUGUUCGUGAAUGGAAAGUUUGUCUAUACUAACGUCUGGAUACAUUGCACUAUCUGGACAACUUUCUGGAUAUACGGAUUCGUAAAGGUCCUCACAAAGAAUUACAUGAAAGACGCCAUCACCUGGGUUCCAGUUUUUCGAACCUUUACGUACUUCAUCCAGUGCACUUUGUUCUAUUUCCAUCUCGGAGCUCAUCACGUCAUUACGUCAGAAACUGGUCAGUCGCAAAAUGGUACUCAAAUCCAUCAUGGUGGACGAAGCCUUAUGAAUGUGAAAAUGCAUAUAAUGGCAGUUAUUGCAACGUUCCUUAGUCUCAUGUUCAGUGCUGGUGAGAUAUGGCUGAAAAAAGACAAGAUAAUACCAUGGCUCCGAAUCUGGGCAUCUUUACUUAAUGGUACUUGGUUGGUUCAGAUAGCUUUCACGUUGUUUCCGUUAAAAGAAAUCAACAAAUGGGACGAAGACAACCAUCAGAAUGCUAAGUUUGUCGUUAUGCUUUUUGGAUGGCAUUGUAUGCUAACUAUAAUAACGACGUUUGUUUUACACAUGGUAUUUACUAUUUUCAUUAGAACAGCAUUUAAGUCGGUUAGUCGGUUAGACAUUUUAGCCGAGAAAUCCAAGACGUUGAAAACUGAUGGAAACAUUUCUUACGAUUCUGACUGAAAAAAAACCCAAAAACAUUAUGAUUUUAUUCAUAAAGUAAUGUAAAUGAGUGCAAGUUAACAUACACUGAGCAUAUAUGAAACAGCAUACAUUAAUAAAAAAAAAAGAAUCUGAUGACAUUUUUGAUAUGUAUUGUUCAACUUAAUGAAGUUCUAACCGUUUAUUUUCGUUUAGUAAAGCGUAAUCAAUGUAUCACUAUGAUAUUCGCAUUAUUCAGGUACUCUAAAA